AUGGAUGUCAUUGCAGAAAGAAAAUUUCAGAGUAAUUUCUAUUUAGCUCUCAAAAAGAAACUCGACCAAUUCCAUUAUUGCGAGCCUCUUGGUCUUGAGUCCGCUGCUUUGGUUGAACGACUUCUCGAAGACGUGAUAAAGCAGACUAUAGGCUUUCAACAGCUUAAAAAAAUCAACAAUGAGCUUUCCAUAAAGUUAAAAAGCUCCAACGAAUCUCUAGCUCCUCUGCAAAGCGAAAUUUCAAGACUCCAGAAGCAAAACAAUGAAUUGCACUUAAACAUGAUGACAAUUAAAGAAGACUCUGACUUAAAAAGCAACCAAUGGCGGGCUUCAGCCAAGAAGAUUGAAGCUGAAAAAACUGACUUGCUGUUCCUCGUUGACAAGCUAAAAGACGACCUUCGACAUAUGGAGCAGCAAAAUGUAAAAUUAAAGACCAGGCUAGACACAGUCAUGUCGAAAACUUAUGCAGGAAAAGGAAUUACUAGCCAAAACAAUCCAGAAUCAAACAUUAUGGGGAGAGUCCAAGGAUUUGAAGUGUCUAAGCCACUAAAUGGCAGUGCAAAAGUCGAAGAUUUCAGGAGACCUGACCAAACCUGGGCCAACGAAUUGCGCGCAGCUGAUGAAAGAGCUCAUAGAUUCCAAGAAGAAUUGGAAAAUUUAAGCCGAAAUAAAUCACUAUUAGAAGACGAAAACUCAAGACUGAAGCAGCAAAUUGAAAUAAGGAACCAAGAAAUCGCAAGACUAAGCUCAGUUACUGAUGUUAAAGUCGACCAAUUGGCAGCAAAGCACCAACAAAUGGUGGUUUCUGGGCAAAUGCAAAAUUUGAACGAAAGAAUUGACUAUUUGAACCAAGAAAACAUCAGACUUGAAGAGGAGCUUGACAGCGCGAAGCAAUCAUUAGCGAAGUUCUUCACAAUGGAAAAAGAAAAUAAGCAUAUAGCAGAGUCAUUAAGCCAGAUGAGAAACCAAAAUCAAGCUUUAAGACAAAGAUUAGCAGAGCUGGAAAAGCUGGGAGCUGAUUUAGAGUCUCCUAAUUUGAACCAACAGAGUGAAAUGGCACUAGAAAUUCAAAAUUUAUCGAAUAAAGUAAAGACGAUGGAGCUUGAAAAUCAAAGGCUUAAGGAGGAGAACAGCAGAAGCGACUCAUUAAGAGCGGCUUAUAACUCUGAUAAAAAAGCUUAUACAGAAGCCAUCGAAAAAAUCGAUAUUGAAAGAAAUAGACUGAAAGAACAAUUGAAAGAAUUAGAAGGCUCUUAUAACGAAUGCUUAAGAGAUCUAUCUUUGCUUAUGAUAUUUAGCCAUUUUUUUAUUUAAAAAAAUUAGAUAUUCUCGUUUAGAAAUCUCUGAUAUUGAUCAUAAAACUGCAUAAAAAAUUAUAAAGAUCAGCUUAUGAUGUACCAAGUUCAAAAUCAGAAUUUAAGGAGAGAGAUCGAGACUAAUCAGCAAUCGUUUUCCAAAAUAAAUAAAGACCAUAUUUCAACUACUGAAGAAUCCUACGCACUUCGCCAAAAAUUGUCAGCUCUAGAAGGCCAAAAAAAUAUUUUGCAAUCAGAGCUUGACUCUUUGAAUUAUGAGCUGGAAAGAGCCAAUAAGAUGAGAAGAGCUGCAGAAGAACAAUUAGAGGAAUUGCGCAGAGAAACACUCAAAAGCAAAACCGAAGUUGACUCUCAUUCAGCUCAAAAACAGAAAUUGCAAGUUUUAUAUGAAGGAACCCAAAAAGAAUUAAAUAAUCUAAAAGACGAAAACCAGCAUUUAAUAAAAUUGAGAGAAAAGGAUAGACAAGCGAUAUUAGAGGUUGAAGACAGAAAUAGAGACUUAAACAAUCAGCUUGCGGCUUCAAUGAAUAAUGUAAGAGCUGAGCAAAGAGAACGCCAAAAUAUUUCAGAUGAACUAGCUGAGAAGCUCGAAGAAAUUCGAAGAUUAACAAGUUUCAAAACUUCAAUUGAGCAGGAGUUGGCAGAGCUAAGACCCUUAAAAGCAAAAUAUUUGCAAGUUGUAGAUGAAAACCAAGGCUUAAAGCAGCAAACUUUAUCUCGUGACUCACUAUCUUCGAGACUCCAAAAGCAAAUAGAGCAGCUUGAAUUAGAAAUCAGAUCAAAAGAUAGAGAUCUCAAUGAUUCUCACAUUUUCGUAGAAAAUCUUCAGAGUCAAAAACAGUUCUUACAAGAUGCUUUAGAAAAAGCUGAACUUGAACUCCAAAUGCUGAGCGCCAACAUUAAGCAAGCUGAGUAUGCUCAAUCUGAAGCAGGUGCACUAAAGCAGCAAAUUAAUGACAGCCGAGAGCGCGAAAGAGAGUGCUUACUCCCCCCGCCUCCGUGAGUGAACAAAAAUCAUUAGAAAAAUCGCCAUUUUUUGCCCAAAAACCCACCCUCCGUGAGUGAACAAAAAUUUUUAUUGAAAAAAAAUUUUGAUAUACAAAUGAUAAUUAGUAUAAUGAAAUCUAGAGCUAAUUCUGUUUAAUUUUAAACGAAUUGCUUUUUAAAACAUAAAUUUUAUAAAUUAAAUUAAUACUUGCUUUCCAAUUUUUGCGAAUUAGGAUUUUUUUAAAUUUCGAAAAAAAAUAUUUUUUAUAAAAUUUAUAUAUAAUUUUUUUUAAAAAAAAAAAAUUAGCCUCCCUCCGUGAGUGAAACAAAAUUUUUUUGUUCACUCACGGAGGGGGGGGGGAGUUAAGACAAAUUGAACAACUGAAAUCUGAGCUCAAGAAAUCAAGCGAAGCCAUAAAAGGAAUUCAAAAAAUCAGCCAAAGAGCAGUAGACCAAAAAGAAUUAGCAGAAAAAGAAGUCGAAAGCUUAAAAGUAAGGAUCAACUCUAUUCAAAGCAAUGACUCCUUCUCACAAAAUGAAAAAUUAAAACUAGAAGAAAGAGCUAUACAGAGCGAAUUAGAAGCUGAAGAACUUAGAAGACAGCUUAGCUAUGAACAAGCCAACAAAUUUAGAACUGAAGACAACUUAAAGCAUACCCAAAAUACUUUAGAAGCAGAAAAAAAUCACAAUCUUAAACUAGCUGAACAAAAUGCACAGCUUAAAAGCCUGAUUGCAAAUUUAGAAAGAGCACGAGAUGAUUUAGUUAAAAAGAUACAGAAUGUCAAUCAAGCAAGAACUUCUGAUGAAGACCAAAGAGUACAAUUAAUAGCUGAGGUUGCUGAUCUGAAAAAAGAGUUAGGGAAAAAAACAGACGAUAUUGAAGGGCUUCAGGAAGCCUUGAAAAAUAUUGACCAAGAGAGAGAUUACAUUCAGUCUCUUUUAGACCAAAAGACAGAAGAAAUCGCAGUUGUUGAGCACUCAAUUGCAAAUUAUCAAAAAGAAAUAACCCAGCUUAAAGACACAUUAAGCCAGUAUCAGCUUAAGGAUACAAAUACAGCAAAAAGAAUUGAUGAAAGAGAAAACCAAUUGAGAAAAUUAACUGAAAAAUGUCAAUAUCUCGAAGCAGAGCUUGAAGAAGCCAAAGCAGGGUAUUCACAAAGCGUGAGACAGGUCCAAGAACUGCAGGAGCACGUAAUGGCCAUUACUAACUCUCACCUCUGUGAGCAAACAAAACCGUUAGAAAAAUCUUAUUUUUUAAGUAAAAUUUAAUAUAAAAAAUAUUAUAUGAAAAAAAAAUUAUUUAUAAGUGAUAAUUUUUAUAACGAAAUCUUUUUGUUGAUUCUGUUUAAUUUUAAAUAGCUUGCAUUUUAAACAUAAAUUUACUAAUUAAGCUAAUUUUUGCGAAUUACUUUUUUUUUAAAUUUUGAAAAAAAAUUUACUAUAAAGUUUAUAUAUAAAUUUUUAUAAAAAAAUUAAGUCCUUGAACAAACUUUUUUUCACUCACGAGGGGGAGUAAAGAAAACCAAUACGUAAAUGAGCAGUUAAUGAAGCUAAGCCAAGAAAAAGAAAAUGUUAGGCAAUCUUAUGAAGAAAGAGCUAAGAGCGAAAGACUGGCGAUGCAGAUGAUGAGGACUGGAGAAAGGGAAAAAGAAGACGUCCUGUUAGCGUAUAAAAAAGCUUGUGAAGAAAAUGAAAGGCUAAAACAAGGAUUUAGCGUCGCAACCAUUGAACAAAGAGACACCUAUGCGAAGCUAACGAUGACCCCCCCCCUCAAUCUUCAUGUCUAUUGCAACAAAGAUGCAAUUUUUUAAUAUAAAAUUUUAUAUAAAAAAAAUAAUAAUUUUCAUGUCUCUUGCAACAAAUUAUAUACAUUAAAAUGGCGACACGUGUCAGCCUGCCCUCUUGGCGCAGCAUUCCAGACCUUAUGGCUAAUGCGAACUGGGACGGACCCGAGCUGAGAAUCAGACGCAGGCUCAAGAAGUGUAAGUCCCGGGCAGGUUUUGGCUGCUUUCCUGUGUUUGGAAAUAGAUGCGCUCAACAACGUCCUUUUGAUCCGAGGACCCAUGGGCAUUCCUCUACCGAAAAACUGGGGGUUUUGCCCAGGCCACAGGGGAACAAUCUUUUUCGUGUAGCUGUAGAAGGAAGGUACUUUGACACCCGAUAGACUCUAAGGAGCUGAUCCUUGGAAUCAAGCUACUCCAAUUGCCGUAGCAGAGACGCAGAAAUCCAUAAGCCGCCCACUCAAGACUGAAGCCGCAAGGCAAGGAGGAGACAGAAGGUACCGGAAGGGCACUCGUAAGAGGGAUAGACCCUCUGGGCUGGUGUCGAAAAGCGGUAGAACCUUCUGCACGGGAGUCUUUGGUGAAUGUGUCACCAAUAUGGCUAGCGCCUGUCUGCAAUAAUCCUAAUCCUCGUGCAGCAAAAUUUUAGAUGCGCAUCUUAAAUUUUUCUGUACUUUUUAGCUAGAUAAGUUUAAUAAAAUGGCGAGCAAUGACAAUAGCCGUCCAAAUCUCGAUGAGAAGGUCAUUGACACGCCUACAGCAGCGCUGUUUUAUGGGGUUUUUGAGAAACUCACCUAGAGAAAAAUCAUUAAAUUCUUUUUAUAAAAAUAUUGUUUGCAGUAGGCAUGAAAAUUUUGUUUGCAAUAGACAUGAAGAUUGAGGGGGGGGGUCAUCGCUACAAGCUUGUGAGCAAGAGCUAGUAAAUGCUCACCAGCACAUUUCCCAACAAGAGCAUGCACUAUUCCAGUAUCAGCAAGAAAUCAACACUUUGGAAAGGCAAAUUUCACACUUAACUUACCAGCUAGAGCAAGCUGAAAAAAGAUGCCAAGAAGCUAUUGAAGGAAAAGAAAUAAUCGCAAGAGAAAUAAAUAACGCAAGACAUAUGGCAGCCAGCAUAGAAAACUCAAAAGACGACAUGCAGAGGCAACUUGUCGCUUUGGAAAACGAAAAGCUGAUUGCUGAAAGCAAGCUAAGAUCAGUCCAAAGCGAACUCAGCGCAGUCAAAAGCAACGCAGAGUUCCAAAUACAAAAAUAUAAAGAACUAGAAGAAGUCCUGAAAAACGAAAGAAACAUGCAUUUCCAAGUCAUCAGGGAAAUGGAGAUGAGGCAAGAAAUCACACCGAAAGGCCAUUUUGAAGAUGAAGAGCUACACAGUCAACUUAAAGACACGCUAAAAGAAAAAGGCAGCCUAGAAAUAGAAAACCAAAAGCUCCGAGAAGACAUGAGCAAUACUAAACAUCUCCUCUAUAAAGCAGAAAACAAACUAAAAGACCUAGAAAAAGGUGUGACCACAAGAACUCCAGGUGGCUAUAGAUACAAUGAGGAUUGGGGUGAUGCUUAA